AUGAAUUCCAAUAUUGCGAUUGAAAACUCUAAGUCUUUGCCGGAGGAUCUUGUUGCUUCAAAAUUCAAGGAAUAUCAUGGGAAACGCUGUCGAACUUCUUCAAGUGACUCUUCGCCGGAUGAGAAACACGUUACAAUAAAAUUGAAGGAGAAAACUUGUUCAGCAGCAAAAAGUCCAGAACCUUCGCCAUCUUUCAACUUUCAUCUACAACCUUCACAGAGUAUGUCAACGCUGGAGUCGUAUUUGUGUCCGCCUCCACCACCUCCACUUUUGUUGUCUAGUAUGGAUACGGACAAUAUGGAGGUAGAAAGCCCCAGAAGUGAAAGUGCGUCUUCUUAUCCGAGAAGAGGACCCCGUACUCCACCUCUACCACCCUUGAAUGAUUCUGGCGAUAGAAAUGGUUUUGUCGAGAUGGAAAUUUUGCCGAAAGUCAACUUGACUAUGGGUGGUCAACAAUAUUCCCACAUGAACUCUCCACAUGUACCAUUGCUUACAAGUCCUUCUUACACGGCCCAGCAGCCUAUGUGGUCACAUUAUAAUUCAAACUUUGGCGCUCUUGAACCACCGCCACCUCCGCCGCCCAUGCCUAAAGUUACUCUGAAAAUCAUAACUGAAGAAGAUGGAAAACAACAACAUGGAGAGAGUUCGUAUUCAAAUGGCCUUGCGUAUCGUCCAGCUUCUCAAGGAAACGCUGACAAAUCAGCAACACCAGCUUUAUCACCAAAAUUGAAAGUGCAACCUGGAGGCAGUCUAGCUAACGAUCCAAUUUUGAUGGAUUUGCUGCAAAGUCAGAAGCCAUCAACUGCUGCUCCUCCUUCAAAGAAGCCAAAACUUUCUUCGCCUGAUCCUUCCUUGUCGCAUACUCAACCAAAAUUGGACCCGGAAAAAAAGCAGCAGAAAGGAGAAAAAGCGCAUAGCCAUGCAGGCCAUUCAAUUCAACAACUGGAGAAAUCUAGAACAGAUGCUGAUAAAACACGACGUUCAAGUGUUGAUCUUGACCUCAAAACCAAAGAACAGAGAAAAGAAGAGAAACGGAAGCGUAAAGAAGAGGAAGAGGAAAAGGAGCGUCGCAAGUUGCACGAAAAGAAGAAAGAGUUAGCGCGAAUGACGAAACAUGGAGUAAUGAAGAAAGAAAAAUACGAUGAAAAUCUUCACCAUAAGCAUCACAAGCAGGAUAAACAUAAAGAGGAAAAAACCAAGAAGAUAAAAGAAAUUGUGGACGACACGCAAAAGAAGAUCAAGCCAAAAGUUGAGACGAGACAAGCAAGUGAAUCACAGCUAGUGGAGCACCCAAAAGUCGAAUCUCUUCAUGUCAAAGUUGAAGCCGACAAGCCCAAAGUACAACUGGAAAAGAAAGUCAAGCAGGGAAGUGAAGAACCGAUGCCUGGCCUCCAAAAAGAAUCUACUAGCAAUUUUGAGGCAGAUAAAGAUGAAAAGAACGAGGAAAUCAAAGAAUCCAAACACAAGAAAACGGAUAAACUACCAAAAGUUUCUAGUAGGUUCAAAAAAUAUAUGAAGAUCGAAACUCAUCCUAAUGGCGGCGCCUCAAUGUUGAAAGCAAACUGGCGUGAUGUUUGCCGAGCAUUCGAUGAUCCUUCUGAACAGGAGGAAUUCGCUAGGCAAUUCAUGAAGCUUGGACUAUCAGAGCAAGGAAAUGUUCCAGUCUUUUGCGUGUGUGUUAUUGAAAAUGGAGCUGAAUAUCUGAGGGAUAUCUUUGGAUACUUGUGCGAACAUUACUCAAAUCUGCCGGUAAAAGUUGGCUCCUUGACGAACAAACAGACAGUGGAAACAAUGUCACUCCAAACAUAUCGUUCUUUGGUGAUGGAAACUUGUCAUCAUGGGACAUUUAGGACUGGUCCUUUACAUGCAUUAUCAAUGGUUGGUCCCAAACAAGAAGAGUGCGGAGCGUUAUUCAAUGAGUUGCUAGAGGAACUUGCUCGGUCUCCGUUGCUUGGACCGCUGAUGCCUUGGGGAUCAUUGAGUGUGGCAUAUGACGAAGAUCCGGGUGAGAGCGAUGACGGCCCAAUAUUUUGGGUUCGACCGGGCGAGCAGUUGAUUCGAACUGAUGAUUUAAAGGAUGACAGGGGGUCAAAAAAGGGACGAGGUUCACAACGCAAUUCGCUUGCUUUUCGCAACUUGGAGCGACGGGAACUGCUGUUUGAAGAUCGAACGCCUUGUCAUGCCGAUCACGUGGGUGAUGGCUUGGAAAGAAGAACGACGGCUGCUGUUGGUAUACUACAAGCUGUGAUUGGAUCUAAUGAGAGGUGUCGAGAAAAUCGAGCAGUAAAAGAUGUAGUUUGCUUUCAUGCGGCCGAUUUUGAUAACAUCGUCGAGCGUUUGCAAUUGGAUUUAUUCGAGCCUCCAAUGUCUCAGUGUAUUCAAUGGGUUGAAGAGGCGAAACUGAACCAAUUGCGGAGAGAUGGGAUUCGCUACAAUAAGUUUCAGUUGCAUCAUAACGACAUUUAUUUCCUGCCACGAAUGAUCGUUCAUCAAUUCCGGACCAUAUCGGCGUGCUCAUCAAUUGCGUGGCACGUUAGAUUAAAGCAAUACUACGACCAUGAUCAGCAUGCGGUAAUGUUUCGACGAAGAGGUGAGCUGUUUGCUCUCCUCUUCAUUUCUAUUCUCCCCAUACUCAUUGAGGGAUCAUCACAACAAUGUCUCACUUGUCAAUUUCUUGCAGACACAUUUUUACAGGGUUUGAAAAAGACGGCAAAUAAACAUUUCGCGGGUGGUGAUACAGCUUGGGAGGAGAAAAAUUUGGGACGAUAUGCGACAAGCGAGGUUCGAUUAAUCGAAGCAUUGGAAGGAGUUUGCAAGAAAUCUUCUCUUGAUUCGAGUGACAAAUUUUUGAGCGUCAAAGAUUUGGAGUUCAAAUGCGCUCAAAUACUCGAGGAAAACGAGGAAACGAUCGAGAAAUGGUACUACAAACAUCAGGCGGAAUCUCUUCAUGAAUGGUUUUGUCUGAAUCAAAUGAAACAGUGUUGUCGCAAAGGACAUUAUGGCAAAGGUUGUGCUCAAUGUCCGGGUGUCGCCGAGGGAGCUGAGGCCUGCUUUGGGCAUGGAAAGUGCGACGGCGACGAAAGCCGUGGUGGAACGGGAAAGUGCAAUUGUGACAAAGGGUAUUCGGGUCUUCUCUGUAGACAAUGUGAGACAAACUAUUAUUUCACGCUCAAAGAAGAGAAACGGGUGGACUGUGCUGAAUGUCAUGGUGGAUGCAGUGGAGGGUGUACAGGACCGACAUCCGCUGAUUGCAAUGAGUGUCGAGCCGGUUUCCAACGAGAUCCCAACAAUGCUUGUGUCGAUGUUGAUGAAUGUGCGAAUUCUGAUCUAAAACCGUGCGGAAAAGCGAAUGAAGAAUGUAUCAACGAUAUUGGGAGCUUCCGGUGUGAAUGCCUUCGUGGAUACAUCAGAAAUGAGAAUACGAAAGAGUGUGAAGUGGAUGUGAAUGCUUCACCCUAUCGUCCUUGGAUUCGACCCGAUACAUUGUUGAGGGGCUUCUCAUUGAUCGGUCUCUUCAUCGCCACAUUGUUGAUCAUCUCUCCUACACCACCACCAGCUGAUGUGGAGGAUUCCGACGAGGAAAAGGACGAGUUA